CUUACUACAGAUAAUAGAAUAGAACAUCGGACAGUUUGCAUAUAAGCAGCUAGUAUCAAACAGUUACCAAAGGCCAUCGCUGCCAUAGCUACCAUGGGGACUUUAUCGCUGAGCAAUUACGAGGAUGUGAGUAUCUGGGCUCCUUGGGGUCACAUUGCGGGUCGCUGGUACGGCAAUCGCUCGGAACGUCCCAUCCUGGCUAUACACGGCUGGAUGGACAACCUGGGCAGCUACGAUACGCUGAUACCCUAUCUACCUGACUACUUGGGCGUGCUCUGCAUCGAUCUGGCCGGGCAUGGGUGCUCCUCUCCACUGCCACCUGGCAUGCACUACAGCGCGGACGAUUGGCUGCUUGCCAUUGGACGGGUCAUGAAAGCCUAUAACUGGCAAAAAGUUUCGCUGAUGGGCCACUCGCUUGGCGGCAUACUAAGCUUUGUUUUCACAGCUCUUGGGCCACACAGGGUGGAUCUGCUGAUCACAUUGGACGUAGUUAUAUCACCAGUGGACUCUCCUGCGAGUAUCAAAAUUAUGGCCAACUUCAUGGAGAAGCAUCUCGUGGAGGAAGAGCGUGCUGCCCGGCCUGCAAUGAGUGAACCGCCCAGCUUCUCACUGACUCAGCUACGCAAAUAUCUUAGUAAGGGGAGCAACAAUUCGGUGCCACCGGAGCUCACUCAUCAUUUGAUGUACCGCACUGUGGCCAAGUCGAAGCUGUAUCCGGAUAAGUUCUACUUCGCGAGGGAUGGGCGAAUUAAGUUUUAUACGCUCUUUCCGAUGAAUCGUGGCCUGGGAGCCGAAUUGACGCGUUGCCUCAAGGACACACCCUACCUCGUCAUUAAGGGUUCCGAUUCCUCCUUUAUUGGACCAGACAGCGACGAGGCAAUUGCCAUUUUGAAGAGCCAGAAUCCGAACUUUGAGAUCUACGAAUUACCAGGUGCGCACCAUGUACAUCUCACCAAUGCCGAGCAGUGUGCCAAGCACAUUGUGCGCUUUCUGAGACGCCAUCGCCCGCCCAAAGUAUCAAGCUGGUCGUUGGCUGAUGAAGAUGCUGCCCUCAGCACACGGGAGCACCGCGGUGCACAGAAGCGACAACAACACAAGCUGUAAGAGGUCGCAGGGAAAAGUUCAAUCGGUAACUGCGAAAAGUGACGAUAAUAUGGAUGAUGUUGAAGGAGCAAUGGGGAACAAAGAAACAUGUACUUAAAUAUAUACAAUACCUGAUUAAAA